AUGUCGGCCGAGGGAGCUUCCGCGCCAGAGGAGGCAGAUGCAGCCCACGCCAACAUCACUGCAACCGCAACCGCUGACGCCGCCAGUGCCGGCGCCAAAAACUCCGUCUCCAGCCACCAACUGCAGCACCCACAGCACCCACAAGACCAGGCACAGGCCCCUCCAACAGCGGACCUUGACCUGGGCUUCUCUGACGUCUCUAGCCCCGAACUUUUCCAACUACAGGCCCCAUUCGAUGUCGUAAACAACAACAACAAUACCAUCGCCGACACCGAAAACAAUCACACAAAGUCGCCCGCAAGCUCGACCCGCAGCAAAUCCGCAUCCUCGCAUCUUGCUACAUCAUCACCAUCCGGCUCACCCAACGCGAACAAAGCAAUCCAACCGCGCAAGCCGUCGCCAGGACUCGCUGCACGCCUCAAAGCACUUGGCUUGGCCUCUUACAAGAAACCAGCAGACUCGUCUCCUAACCAACCAGACAACGUCGGUCGCCUUCCCGAAGAUCAACUCCGCCAACUCGACGAGAACCACAAGUCGAAUUCACUCGACUCGAUUAUCCAUCGCCGCGGCCGCCCUUGGAAGGGUCUCGUACAUCACAAGGCCUCGGAGACACAAAAGACACAAUCCGUAACCUCAACCGAAGAGCCCGAUACUGAGCCAUCGCCGUCCACCGCAGACGUUGCCCCGGGCGCGUCUCUCGUCCUACCCGAGAUCACAACAACAGAACCGCUGAACAUGGAGACACACAAGUACCGCCUGCCCGACCACACCAAUGGAAAUGGCACCAAGGUCCAGCUCGAGACACGACGAGAACAUCUCGAACGUCAAAACUCCUCGGAUGUCCCUCCUCCUCCACCCCCGAAGGACACGCCGCCUAUCCCCCAAGCCGAGUUCACGCCCGAUCUCUCCUCGUAUUUCAACCCUAGCCACCAGCGCCCCGGCUCAAUCUACACACUUUCCCGCGCCUCCUUUGCCAAUCAGCUAGCACAGCUCACUUCCCUCCAACUGCCCGACGCCGAGUCAUUGUCUAGUAAAGUUUCCGCGAUUCCAACCGCGCAGGUCGCCUCGAAGGCCCUCAUCAAUGCAGCUGAACAGAUUAGGAGUUGGAUUUACAAGGCGUCCGAGGUCAUUGGUGGCUUGGAUAGUGACGAUGACGUCGAGUGGGCCUCCGCGGGCGGGCGUGAAGGCCUGGAGGAAGUCGAGAACGCUAUCCAUCGCUUUGAAGAUUUGAUCAAAGUCUACGUAAGCGCCAUCGAGGAGCUGCAGUGUCGUCAGGAUAUUGCCAAUGUUCCGCCAGCAGACCUCCACCGGGCAGUCUCUCAAAUGGAGGCUAUCAUUGAAGAAUGGGCCAACAUUAAAGCGACGCUGAACACCGUCAAGGGUCAAGUUGAAAUCGCCAUGGAAUGGGAAGAACUCUGGAACUCAGUUUUGGGGGAUAUCCAGACCGAAAUGGACGAAUUGAGUCGCUUGGUCUUCGAGAUGGAGGAACGCCGGCACAAAUCGCUCAUCGCGGCUACCUCUGGCGACGGCGUUGACAUAGGGGAUCUUGAAAACAUCGUUGACGACACGCCGGCGCCGGCACCGCCACCCAAGGUGCAAGCCCAGAACCGAUUCUCCCUACCAGGCCUGGCCCUCAGCCCUGGGUCGACGUCGCCAGGGACACCUACGCUGUCGCAGGAUGAUUCAAGCCUGUUGGCUCUGUUCGCCCGGAUGCAACCCUUGCGCGCAUCACUCGAUUUCCUCCCCAUGAGACUCGCGGUCUUCGCUGCAAGAGCUGAAAAGUCGUUUCCUACAGCCUGUGAGGAGCUAGAGAUGCGACGUGAAGGUCUCGACGGCAGCUACAAGAAGUUGGAGAAGGAUGCCGAGUCUUUACGCAAGGAGCUGGGAGAAGAUCGCUGGGUACUCGUUUUCCGUGGCGCCGGACGGCAGGCACAGAAGAUGAUUGAAUCCGUCGAAAGAUCGAUGAUCAAGUUGAGAGAGGCCAUUGACACUGGCAUGCAUUUGAGCAACCCCCCUGCGAUGAGCAAGAAGAUUGAGGGUUACGACGCCAAGAAGACGCAUUAUGGUCCUGCUAUUGAGCGUGUCUUGGCCAUCAUUGACAAGGGUGUUAAGGAUCGACUGACGGUGAACGGCGAGAUUCUCCGACUGCACGCGGAAAUGCAAUCCAAGUGGGAGUCAAUCAAGGACGAGAUGAGAGAGAUGGAUGUGGUGGUUGAUGAGGUGCAAGCGGACAACCGCGGCCAGCAGUUGAGAGACUCCAUCUCGAGCAUGUUGUCGAAUGAUCGCUCAACUAUAGGCAGUGGACGCGAGACUCCGGGCAAUCAGGAACCGUUCAGCGAGCAGCAGCAACCUGCCGCAGCCUUCGGGGCGAAGACAAUCCUCGUUGCCAACCCCAUCUUCUCGGAAGACUCUGACCUCUCGUCUGUCAAACAUGACUUCACGACUGGGUACGCCAUCGGCCAGCAACACUGGCAGUAUUCCCCGCGCUCAGUCGACUUUGCCAAAUCGCCCUCGGUGGAAUGGGUCCACGAACACAGCAGAUGUCGGCAUUGGCCACAACUUCAAACCCCUUAG